CUGCCCCUCCCCUGCUCACGGUUUGUGUUUAUCUCAAGAAAUAAACAUUAAAAAGUGUUUAAAGGAAGGCUGUGAGGCACGAGGCACCUUCAGCUGUGGACGGUGUUUUUGAUGUUUACUAACGUGGCUUUUUAUUAAAGGCUUCUGUGAGCAGGACUGGUAGAUGUCAGAUCCGGAGUCGGUGGGCAGGGAGAGUUAGGUCAUGGUUGGGGAACCUCUGCCUCCCAAGUGCAGGGCCCGAGCGUACCCAGAGGAGCCUGAGGCCCCUCCCCGUCCUGCACCCGCCUGCGGGUGCGGGUGUGGGCACUGGACAUGGAGUGGUCUUGGGAGUGGGCAGAGCUGGCAGGCGGCAGAGGGCCAGGAGAGCUUCCCGAGCGGGGCUCGGAGCAGGGGCACGAGAAAGCAGGCGGGCUGCGUGAAACCUCCGGGGUGUGGGCAGGGAGCCCUGUGUGGAGAGCCCUGCAGGUUACAAGGACGAGAGCCUGAGUCCCAGGGUGGUUCUACCGGGUCACCCACCUCAUGUCUCCUCCUCUGAAAGGGGGACAGUGAGAGCCCCAUGUCUGGGACAGAUUUGGACUUGUGCCUGGCACACAGCAGCCCUCAGGGAGACCUGCAUAUCUCUCUCCCAGCCCUGUGACUAUCAUGGGAGAGGCGGGAGAGAGCGAGUGUCAUGACCGGAAGCCCCCCUCAAACCCUUGAGGGCUGCGUUGAUUGGCCUGUGGGAGGAAGACCGCCCUGAAGCAGCCUGGGGUCCAGGCUGGGACACCAGUCGAGUCACCCGUCCCUGCACCCCGGGUACUGGUUCACUUGAGUCGUGGCGGGGCUGAGGUCCAGAUCUUUGCUCCUGACGUCCCUCAGAUGCACGUGAUUGACCACACCAAGGGGCAGCCUUCUGAGAGCGAGACCAGGAACGUUCUGACGGAGUCUGCAAGGAUCGCCCGCGGCAAGAUCACCGACCUGGCCCGGCUCAGCGCAGCGGAUCACGACGCUGCCAUCUUCCCUGGAGGCUUCGGAGCCGCCAAAAACCUGAGCACCUUCGCCGUGGACGGGAAAGACUGCAGAGUCCACAAAGACGUGGAGCGCGUCCUGAAGGAGUUCCACGAGGCCGGCAAGCCUAUCGGCUUGUGCUGCAUCGCUCCCGUUCUCGCAGCCAAAGUGCUCCGCGGCGUCGAGGUCACCGUGGGCCACGAGCAGGAGGAAGGCGGCAAGUGGCCCUACGCGGGGACCGCAGAGGCCAUCAAGGCCCUGGGCGCCAAGCACUGUGUGAAGGGAGUGACCGAAGCUCACGUGGACCAGAAGAACAAGGUGGUCACGACCCCGGCCUUCAUGUGCGAGACGGCGCUCCACCACAUCCACGACGGGAUCGGGGCCAUGGUGAAGAAGGUGCUAGAACUCUGUGGGAAGUGACAGCGCCGUGAGCCCCGCCUCCUCCACCAGGUGGAGCUAGUGGCCUGGCUUCCCGUGCUGCCUGCCGUGCGGCAGGAAUUCGAUUCUCUGCUUGCAUCUAUAGGUGCUUUUUGUCUGAAGAGGAACCUUGGCUGGGGUCGGCGGACGGCGUUCCUUCCGCUUGGCGGAGGCAGGCAGGGCCCGCACUGAGCCUGCGGCUGGUGCCUGCUUGGUGCCUGCGGGCGCAGGGCGGCUGACAUCCUCCUGUGACAGAGAUUAAAAUGGGACCUGCUCUUUCAGGAGAAGAAUUGGGGCACAACAUCCCACACUCUUAGGUUUGGCCGGCUGUAGGGUCCUUGGUGUCUGGGGGGGAAGAAUUUUUAAGUUUGUGGGUCUGGUAAUUAGGAAACCACGUCACUGAACUUCUUGGUGAUUGAGAACUCUGUAACUUGGAGUAACGCGUUCAGAAAUGACACGGGGGCUUCAUUUGAGGCCGGGGGAGUUUGCUUUCCCAAAUGGACGCCGGGACGGCCGCGUGUCGGGCCUCCUGAAGCUGGCACGCAGGAGCACAAACCAGGGCUCUAGCUUUCCAGAAAGGGGGGGAGGGUGUGGCAGCCGGUCUGUGUGGUCGGCCUGCUGGGCGGAGACCGUCGGGUUGGUCCCAGGCCACGAGCAACAAACAGCCGGUGUCGGAUGUACAGAGCAGGGGCAAUAAAGCGUCUUGUAGCCGCACCA